ACAAACCCCGGGGUCUGUCAUGCAGGAUAUGCACAAUGUCAGUACCACGCCGUUUCUGCCGCUCUCUCUGUGUUCUGCCUCUCAUUUUGGCCCUGAAGAUACACACUGCACACUCGGCUCCUGACUUCUCUCAAUAUCUUCACACCAUCCUGAAGAAUCACACGGCUCAUGCUUGUGAAGGCGACACUCUCAACAUCGAGUGUCCCUCCAGGACGUCUGUAGCCGUCCUAUCAGCCUUCUACGGACGACGUGUCCCUAAUCAGCAUUUAUGUCCCUCUGUGAACACAAACACAACAGAGGAGGAGGACACAGAAUGCACUUCUUCAGUUGCUAUAGAGAAAGUGCUGUCAGAGUGUCAGGAUCGGCGGUCCUGUCACAUCCCCGUCUUCAGUCCAGUGUUUGGGCAGGACCCCUGCCCUCUCACCACCAAGUACCUUCUAGUCUCCUACAAGUGCCAACCAGAGCACCACCGUACAAGACUGGUGUGUGAAAAUGAGCGUAUGAGGCUGAUGUGUAAGAAUGAGACCGUCCUCGCCAUCUACUCGGCCACGUUUGGACACCUUCUGCACGGCAGUCCCUACUGUCCUCAGGAAUCUGGAUCACAGACUGACAUGGAGUGUUUGUCACCUUCGGCUCUGAGGAAGGUGUCACGAAGGUGUCACACCAGAGCGAACUGCUCAGUACUGGCCGAUACUGUGACCUUUGGGGACCCCUGCUUCCCUGGCACCAGGAAACACCUGCGGGUGUCCUUCACUUGCGUGCCCCGAUAUCUUCUGGAAGAUGUGGGUCGUGGGUCAACAGAUCCUUUCAUGAUCUCAGACUACACACACGGUUUACCAGAACGAGUGGCUCUGUACUUUGUCUCUGGGAUCUGUGCUGGUCUGGUUUUCCUGCUCUGCCUCUUCGGUCUACGCUCCACAAUAGUGAGGGAUGUGAAGGAUCUGGUUUCUGACCUGAACGAGGAGUUGAAAGCAUCUCGCAGACAGCGCAGGGAGCUCAUGGAGGACCUCUACGACGACGACAUCUCAGACACGUCGUCCUUCCGCCGCCUCACGCAGUCCUACCGCGCUGCAGACAUCUUCAGCCCGUCCACGCUGACGGUAGAGAUGGUCGACCGUCAGCUGGAGCAGACGAGGGAUCUUCCCAACGGAGACAUGUGGCCACAGCAAGACUCCAGCCCUUAUGCCAUUCACAAGAUUAAAACUUACAAUAAUUAACAGACGUCACAUGUAUUAAUAAAACUACUUCUAAAGCAACUUUUACUAUAAAAUUUAAACAUUGUUUUCCUUUUAGAAUAACUUCAGUGUGCCUCCUUCUCUGUGUUUUUUCACUCAAGUGACUGUAAAAGAUUAGGAGUGAAAUGCAUGGAGGUCUAAUGUACCAUUAUUAAGCUUAACAUCAGAUGAUUUGUUCAAGACAAGAUAAAUUAACAGUAGGGUCUCUGUUAAUUUUGUUAUUUUUUUUGGUUUGUAUGAUAUCUCGUAAAAAUGUUCAGACCAGU